CUGUUGGGCUCAGUCCCGUGGAGAAGGCCGGAGAGUGGUGCUCCCCGCCUCACAGCCAAUGGUGGGAGCCGCCAGUGGUGCUCACACUUGGGAUUGAAGCUCGGAGUCACCGCCCGAAUCCAAGCCAGGGCCGGGACAGGGACCGCCAUUCCUGCAGCGGCUUCUACUCCGGCCCGGCUCAGCCCACAGAGGGCAAUGGCGGCGCCCCCGCUGAGGAGACGGGCUGAGGUUGGCGUGACCUAUGAGGACAUUGCCCUGUACUUCUCCAGGGAGGAAUGGAGCCUCCUUGAUGAGGGUCAGAGACAGCUGUACCUGAAUGUGAUGCUGGAGAACUUUGAACUUAUAUCCUCGCUGGGUUGCUGCUGUGGAGCAGAGAAUGCAGAGGCAGCAACUGAGCAGAAUGUUUCUGUUAGAGUGUCACAGGCAAGGAUUCCCAAGAAAGCCUUGUCUUCCCAGAAGAGCCACCCCUGUGAGAGUUGUGGGAUAGUCUUGGGAAACAUUUUCCACGUAAUGGACCUGCAGGGAACACUACAAGGACAGAUACUGUUGAGGUGUGGGGCGUGUGCAAAACGGUUUUACUUCAGUGUAAAAUUUCACCAGCAGUAUGUGAGAGAGAUUUUCAUUAGAGGAGUGGAUAGGAUCUCACUUGAAAACAGCUGCGAUUUCAAUGUGUCCCAGAAUCGUUUCACCUGCAGGGAAGUUGGGCAGGGUGUCCUUACCGAACCAGAACAUCUCCACGUAAAGUCUACUCAGACCAGGGACAGUCCAAAUGCUAUUUCAACACGUGGGAUGACGUUUCGAAGGAGGAAAAAUGGUUACGCCAGAAAAGAAUGCAAGAAAGAUAUUAGUUGCCCCCACAUGUUUAUUCAGGAAAAGAGUGUCCAUGUUGGAAGUCGAUGUUUUGUGUACUCUGAAUCUGGAAAAUCUUUUACAACUAACUCUCAUCUUCAUUAUUAUCAGAGAUUUCACACAGGAGGAAAUCCUUAUCAAUGCAAUGAAUGUGGGAAAACUUUUACCACUAACAGCAGCCUUGGUUGUCAUCAGAGACUUCACACAGGAGAAAAGGCUCAUCAAUGCAGUGAAUGUGGGAAAACUUUUACCACUAAAAGCAACCUUCGUAGUCAUCAGAGAGUUCACAAUGGAGAAAAGCCUUAUAAAUGCAGUGAAUGUGGGAAAACUUUUACAUAUUCCAGUGGUCUCCAGUAUCAUCAGAGAGUUCACACUGGAGAAAAGCCUUAUAAAUGCAGUGAAUGUGGGAAAACUUUUACACAUUCCAGUGGUCUCCAAUAUCAUCAGAAAGUUCACACAGGAGAAAAGCCUCAUCAAUGCAGUGUAUGUGGGAAAACUUUUACCAUUAAAAACAGCCUUCGUAAUCAUCAGAGAGUUCACAGUGGAGAAAAGCCUUAUAAAUGCAGUGAAUGUGGAAAGUUUUUUACCCAGAACAGUGGUCUUCGUUGUCAUCAGAGAAUUCAUACAGGAGAAAAACCUUAUAAAUGCAGUGAGUGUGGGAAGACUUUUACCACUAACGGCCACCUUCGUAGUCAUCAGAGUGUUCACAUAGGAGUAAAGCUUCAUCAAUGUAGUGAAUGUGGGAAAAUGUUUACCAGUAAAACCAGGCUUCGUAGUCAUCAGAAAGUUCACACAGGAGAAAAGCCUCAUCAAUGCAGUGAAUGUGGGAAAACUUUAACCACUAAAAGCAGCCUUCGUAAUCAUCAGAGAGUUCACAGCGGAGAAAAGCCUUAUAAAUGCAGUGAAUGUGGAAAGUUUUUUACCCAGAACAGUGGUCUUCGUUGUCAUCAGAGAAUUCAUACAGGAGAAAAGCCUUAUAAAUGCAGUGAAUGUGGGAAGACUUUUACCACUAAGAGCAACCUUCGUAGUCAUCAGCGAGUUCACACUGGAGAAAAGCCUUUUAAAUGCAGUGAAUGUGAAAAGUCUUUUACUCAGAGCAGUACCCUUCGUUGUCAUCAGAGAAUUCAUGCAGGAGAAAUGUCGUGAAUGUGAUAUGUCAUUUAUAACUGGCUAUCGUCUCCAAUAUCAUUAGAGAGUGCACACUGGAGAAAGGCCUUAUAGAUGCAGUGAAUGUGGGAAAUCUUUUACCACGUCCACUGUCCU